AAAUGUAUGCGCGGCGUUCUCUCGCUAGAAUUUUUGGGAGACCAAUCGCCGCUCAGCGAUGAGAGAGCUUUCACGGUUUUUUUUCGCCCUGCAGAUGAACGGGUCAGCUUCCCAAUGGGGUGGCUGGCAUAAAAUCCAGCCCUCGCGUUCAGCCAACCAGAAAGGAGAAAGAGGAGAGGUGGCUAUUAGAUGGAUACAAAUGCUUGGAGGAGAUUUGCCUGCUUUUCUGCGGGUUUUAAGACCACGUUUGCCACGUCUGCGGAUCUGGAGAAUGAGACUGAAAGCUGCCUAUGAAAAACGCAUCUUCAAGUAACCAGAAUGGAAGGUAUCUUUUGGAUUCUCUUUGGGACCGUGGCUUUGGUGACUGGCGCUCUCAUUCCAGAACCAGAAGUCAAAAUCGAAGUUCUCCAUAAACCUUUCAUUUGCAAAAGGAAGACCAAGUUUGGAGAUCUGAUGUUGGUGCACUAUGAUGGAUAUUUAGAGAAAGAUGGCUCACUCUUUCAUUCCACUCACAAGCAUAAUAAUGGCCAACCAACAUGGUUUACUCUUGGUAUAAAGGAAGUUAUCCAAGGCUGGGACAAAGGUUUGAAACAGAUGUGUAUAGGAGAAAAGCGCAAAUUAACAAUUCCUUCAUCCCUAGCUUAUGGAAAAGAAGGCAAAGGAAAAAUUCCACCUGAAAGCACACUGAUCUUCCACAUUGACCUUUUAGAAAUCAGAAAUGGACCAAGAUCUCAUGAGUCCUUUCAAGAGAUGGAUCUUAAUGAUGAUUGGAAGCUAUCUAAAGAAGAGGUAAAAAAGUAUUUGAAGAUGGAAUUUGAAAGACAUGGUGCACCGAUUAAUGGAAGCCAACAUGAUACUUUGGUUAAAGACAUAUUUAAUAAAGAAGAUGAGGACAAUGAUGGCUUUAUAUCUGCAAGAGAAUUUGUUUAUAAGCAUGAUGAGCUAUGAAACAUUCUGAAAAAGGUGGCUUGGAAAAAAAGCAACAGUUUGCAAAAUGAAUGGUUUUUUUUAAAAAAGGUUUUGGAGCCAUUACUCAUCAAUGUGUGCAUAAAUUAUAACACCUAUUUUUCUACAAGAUCUAUUUCUGAUGCCAAAUGGUAAAGUGUUUAAAUAUAGGACUGAAAUAUUUUCAGGUUUUUAUUUAGGUAGAAGCAUUAUUAUGUGUUGAAGAACAUGGAAUUAAAACAUUUCCAAAACAAGUAUUACUGAAAAUACAAUUGUUCUGCAUUGAAGUAUUUAUUGAGAAUACAUCUGUUGUUCAACUAUGUCAUUUUUGUGCUCUUAGAACUCUUAAUAUUUUAAAUGAUAGUUGUCACAAUGUGCUAGUAGACCCACUUUAUCAGCAACAUUUUUAGUAAAAAAAAUAAAACAUUGCUUUUUGCUGGAACAGA